AUGUUACCGCUCUCUCUGCUGAAAACAGCAGUUAAUCACCCUAUGUUGGUGGAGCUGAAAAAUGGUGAAACAUACAAUGGACACUUGGUCAAUUGUGAUAACUGGAUGAACCUCCAACUCAGGGAAGUUAUCUGCACAUCUCGAGACGGUGAUCAUUUCUGGAGGAUGAACGAAUGCUACGUUAGAGGAUCCACUAUCAAGUACCUCAGAAUUCCCGACGAAGUUAUCGAUAUGGUUAAAGAGGAAAAUACUGCAAGAAUGAAGGCCGCCAAGAACCGAAAUCGCGACCAGAACAACCGAAACAACCGAGGCGGCGGCCGUGGCGGCAACCGAGGAGGUGGCCGCGGUGGUAACCGUGGAGGUGGUCGUGGUGGCGGCCGAGGCGGCUACAACAACCAAAGAUAA